UUUCCACAGCUGAGUGCUGCCCCUCUCCUCCUCCUCCUGUUGGUGUGGACCACACCAGCCAUUCGAGAGGUGGAGAGUGACGAUAGAGCCGAGGGGAAGAGUGAAGUGGAAGAAGGGAAUAAACUGCGUGCAGGGGGAGCGCUGUGGAUAUGGAUGCCCUAGCAUUAGAGGCCAGUGGUAAAAAGGCUAACGCGGCGGCUGUGCCCGCCCCAGUGCCGAGUCAAGCACCUGUUAAACGCAAACCUGCUAAAAAAGCUAAAAAGGCUGUUGUUUUUUUUGAGGUGGAGAUACUGGAUGCUAAGACCAAGGACAAGCUCUGCUUCCUGGAUAAGGUUGAGCCAAAUGCCACUAUCGGGGAGAUCAAGUCUAUGUUCCACAAGAGCCAUCCCCAGUUUUAUCCAGCCAGACAGUCCAUUCGCCUCGACCCCAAGGGCAAGUCUCUGAAGGAUGAGGAGGUUCUGCAGCAUCUGCCUGUGGGAACCACGGCGACCUUCUACUUUAGGGACCUGGGAGCUCAGAUCAGCUGGGUCACAGUCUUCCUGACAGAGUACACUGGUCCUCUGGUCAUUUAUCUGUUGUUCUACUUCCGAGUUCCCUUCAUCUACGCACCCAAAUAUGACUUUACCACCAGUAAACACUGGGUUGUACAUCUCGCCUGUAUGUGUCACUCUUUCCACUACGUUAAAAGACUGUUGGAGACGCUCUUUGUCCACCGCUUCUCUCAUGGAACCAUGCCGUUACGCAACAUUUUCAAGAACUGUACCUACUACUGGGGCUUUGCAGCAUGGAUGGCCUAUUACAUCAACCACCCACUGUACACACCACCCAUCUAUGGAGAACAACAGAUCCGACUGGCCCUCAUCAUAUUCUUGUUCUGCCAGUUCGGCAACUUUUCCAUCCACAUUGCUCUCCGAAACCUCCGUCCACCAGGUUCUAAGACCAGGAAGAUUCCCUACCCAACUAAAAACCCCUUCACCUGGAUCUUCCUGCUGGUCUCCUGCCCCAACUACACCUACGAGUUGGGCUCUUGGCUCGGCUUCACCCUGAUGACCCAAUGCCUGCCGGUGGCCUUCUUCACUCUGGUGGGCUUCAUCCAGAUGACUGUGUGGGCCAAGGGGAAGCAUCGCAGCUACCUGAAGGAGUUCCGCGACUACCCUCCCCUCCGCUCCCCCAUCCUCCCCUUUGUCCUGUAGAGGACUGCUGAGCUUCUUCCCUGCUUCCUCCCCUGAAUGUAGAAGUCCACCCCGUUCCCUAACUUAUGUCCCUGAACAUAAAACGGCGUUCUUUCUGUUUUCAUGUCCUCAAAUCUACACUGGAGCCUGUUAGACUGACUGUAAGAUCCUAACUCCCUUUUCACUACAAAAAAAGUUGUCUGUGUCCAUCCUGCAAAGGAACAAUGCUCAACACAACACCCCUGUACUGGUUUUUUUUAUUGUCCUCAAACAAACUCAUGCUGAUUG